AGUCUGUAAUUCCAUAAUAUAUCACUGGACCUCGUAAAACAGACACUAACCCCCUCCCUCAAAUUAUGAGUUCACUGUAUUAUGCCAACGCUUUUUUCCCUCAAUACCAAGCAGCAAGUUCGGUUUUCCCGACUGGAGUGUUUCCUGAGCAAACUUCUUGCGCCUUUGCGUCUAGUUCACAACGGGCCAGCGCCUAUGGCUCGGGUACCAGUUCGUCGUUCUCUACCUCCACCCCCUCGUCCUCCGCAUUUCAGCCGAGUUUGUACACUAACUGUGGAAGCCUUUCCACCCAAAACCAAGGCAUGUACUCCGUAGCGUAUGGGCUGGGCGCUGGCUCUUUGAAAGUGCAGGGCUCACCCUUUGAGCACCCAAGUCUGUCCGUAAUGUGCGCCAUCGACCCUUCCAAGACGACCAGCUGCGGAAAGGAGGAACAGCGGAGCUGCACUCAACGAAACGAGGAUAACCUCAGAAUAUAUCCGUGGAUGAGAAGUACAGGUGCGGACAGAAAGAGAGGCCGCCAGACCUACAGUCGCUAUCAGACACUGGAGCUGGAGAAAGAAUUCCACUUUAACCGCUACUUGACUCGCAGAAGGCGCAUAGAGAUCGCUCAUGCCCUGUGUCUAACAGAGCGCCAGAUUAAAAUAUGGUUCCAAAACCGAAGAAUGAAAUGGAAAAAAGAGAACAAGACAGCUCACCCCAGCUCUCCUGCUGCGGAACCGACUGGAGGAGAUGAGGAAGAAGAAGAUGAGGAUGAGGAAUAGCAGCGACAAAAGACGGAAGAAAGAAACUCGUUGCAACAAAAUAAGUGAUGUGAUUUGGUGAUACACUGAGUAAAACAAACAGUACUACCUAUAAAGUUUCUGCCCUAUAAAUGUAAACUUAUGUUUAUUGUUUAAAACUCGUAAAGGCACUAAAACAUUAAGAAUUCUUUGGUAUAAGCAAUAUUUCGUUUCUUGCAGUUGUAUUAAAUAUGCUACUUUAUGUCCUCCAAAUGUUAGUACUUAAACAUGGAAAAGGGAGCCUGACAAUUUUACUGUGUUCCAUAUUUAAUAUAUGUAUAUAUAUAUAUAUAUAUAUAUAUAUAUAUAUAUAUAUAUAUAUAUAUAUAUAUAUAUAUAUAUAUAUGUGUGUGUGUGUGUGUGUGUGAAAGAGUGUGAGUGUGUGUGUGUUUUUAGCCUCCUAAAUGUAUGUCUUUUUUGUUUGUAAUUCUCUAAAUCGUGUACAUUGGACCAUAAGAUGAAUUUAGUUGUAUGGAUUAUGUUGUCACAUGGAUUUGUUCCAAUAAAACGAACGUGAUUUUAAACAAUCUAAA